UUACAAUUUAUGAAUAUUUAAAUUUAAGCAAAUAAUUUGCAUUUUAUUGGAGUAAAUUUAUUGCAAAUUUUAUGACUGAAGGGUUGAAUCUGCGACCAUUAAAUUUUAUGACUGAAGAGUUGAAUCUGCAACCAUUAUGACUGAAGGGUUGAAUCCGCGACCUUUAAGUGUUUACUACUAUGAUUUGGAUGAUAUCAUUACAAUGCAAGAAAAAGUUCCUGUCCAAUUUGAGCUGCCUUGUUACAGACUUGGAUUUUUAGAUCCUAGCACAUCUGAGGAGCAUCUCCAACAAGGGACCAAGAUGGAAGUACCUUGUUGGCUUGCAUUUGAGCUUUGCACACGUAGAAGACUUAUUGCAUCAGUUGAAUUGCCAAAGAUCUUCACUGAGAAUUUUAGACAGAUAUAUAAAGCUGAUCCAAAUGUUUUGGAUUUGCAUAAAUUGGGACCUUACUUUUAUAAUUUUGGCUUAAAAAUGCUUCAUUUUCAACAUGCAGAUUCCGGGAUAGUAGCUAGAACUAUUCUAGAAAUUUUUGUGAAGCGAUUUCGUCAAAUUAUGGAUAACUGUCAAAAUGCAGCUCAUCAUAACGUAAUUAAAAUGAAAGAAAAGCUUGACGAAAUGGAAAUUGUUUUGUUUGAUAAUGGGCAAAGAGCCUUAAAAGAUUUUACUGAAUGGCAAAUUGGUAAUGUUGGAAAACUGUUUAGUUCAAUUGUUAUAUCUUCACAAAGAAAAAGAAAGAGGUUCGAUAUGGAAGAGUAAAAGCUUAUUUGUAUUUAAAAAAAA